GAAAAUGAGCUGUGCUGCACUGGGACAAGGCACCAGGCUUUGCUUCUUAAAAUACAGUGAAGAUGAAGUUGUCUGGUCUCCUCGAGGGACACCUGAGGAUGAGUGGCAAUAGCAAGACCAGACCUGAGUCUAGUUACCCUUAGCAGCGCAGACAGAAGUUUCAGAAGACGCUCGGUGUUGAAACUUCAUCUGACCCUUCAUGCAACGUGGAUUCAGAUUUUCACUCCAUCGACCACUUUUAAAACUAUCUGUAGCUGUGUGCCUGUGUUUGGUCAUGGCUAUAAACUGCUUUCUGUGGCCAGAUGAGAUGACAAUUGUCACUUCUGUGUGUGCUCUAGAGGUCCAGUCACUUCUCAGUUGUGAUGGGUUUUUCUCAUCCCCAACUGAAAGCUCUUCCCAGGGCAUGGUCCUGUCUGAGUCUGGACCUUGCAGGCCAUAGCAGAGAAUUAAUUCCUUAACAUCCCUCCAGUAUAGGAGUGCUGCACCCCUACUGUUCCUGUGGCAUCAUGGGUCCUGUAAGUGGGUUGCCAAAAGAGCACAGGGCAUCAAACCGGAGUGAAGUCAGACCCUUUUCUAUCUCCUGGGACUGAAUAUUAAAGCGAUGGUCGCUUUAGCCUCCUAUGAUUGGUUGAUAUUUUGCUCUGGCAGGACCCAGCACCUGUUGCUGUAUAUUACUCUAUAGGGACUGAGCUGGACAAGAGGCUGAAGGCUGGACGGCUGCAUUCAAGCCCUAGUGAGAGACGUGGAGGUGAUAUGGCAGCAGGCCCCUGUGAGGCAUUGGAGACAGACCUGGAAUGUCCUGAGGCUGUAGAAGAGCUGCUAUUACAGGCAGAGGGCAUUCAAAGGCGGUCGAGGGAGGACAUAAGAGAAGGUACAGAGGUGUCACAGGGCAGCGAGGAGGUAAACAGUACGUCACAUGAGCUAGGGGAGGAGGGGAACAAGCUGCACAUUAUUGAGACGGACCUGGACGAGUUUGUGGAGACCAUGACGGAAACACCACCGGCGGACGUGGAGCAGAAGGCAAAGAGGACAGAGAAGGUGGCGGAGAAAGCCAGCUCGGCCGUGCCCCCAGUCCCCAAGACCCUUCCAGUGAGAAGGAAGGCCGAGCCCCGAACCGUCAGCCCCGCCAAGGAGGAGCUGCUGUGGGACGGGCUGACCCUGAACAAGUGCAUCCUCAUCGCCUCCUUCAUCGCUCUCCUAAGCAUGGGCUUCCAGGUCUUCCAAGACGUUGUCGACGAGGACGACGAGGUUCCCGAAGCAGCGCCCAGUCUGUGGGUCCAGCCCGAGAGCAGCAUUCCUGAGGAUAGCACCAGUGAGCUGGCAGAGCCCUGGUUCCUCAAGAGAUGGCUUGGCCGGUCAGAACCAGAGGAAGCAGAAGAAACAGAAGCCACGGCUGAAGAAACCCCAGAGGAACUGCAGGCCAAGGCAGAGCCGAAGAAGGCCAAGGAGAAGCUGAGGGAGAAGCCGAGAGAGAAGCCCGAGAGGAAGGAAGAGAAGCCCAGAGAGAGUCGUGUGGCCCAGGUGGAGCGAGGCAGCAAGAAGGAGAUGCAGGGCAAGGCCAGGCCCCCCGAGGCCAAGGCCAGGCCCCCCGAGGCCAAGGCCAGCAGGGUGCCCAAGGAGCCCCAGGAGGACGAGGAGGAGGAGGAGGAGGAGCAGCCUUGGCCCAGGAAGAGGGUGCGUGGGGAGGGCAAGGAGGGCAGGCGGGGGGAGCGGCACAGGAAGGAGGAGGGGAAGGGCCGUGCCCCCCGGCUCGAGACACCGGGCCACGAGGAGCACAAGCGCAACGAGGAGCGGAAGCGGGACUCCAGGCAGCAGCGAGAGCACAAGGGCAGGAAGCCAUGGGAGCAGGGCCCGGUCCUGCCCCGCAGGGACAGCAACCACAAGCUCCGGGAAGGCAAGAGGCACAACUGAGCCCCGUGCCCGCGCCUGCCACUGGGCACUGGGGCUGAGCAGCAUGAACUCCAGGGGUGUCCAAAAGGCCUGGCUGUCGGCAGCCUGAGCCCACCCCCUGGCCUCUCCUGCGAUCCCCGAGACCUGUACCCUUGCUGCCGUCACCGCCGACUAGGGUUCUCCCCCCAAAACAGAUAGAUGCUGCUUGUUUGCCAGGCUCCCCAGGAGUGGCUGGCUUGUCCCCAGCCUGCUGGCAGAAGGGGGCUUCAGGGUCUGGAGUUAGAGCACUCUGCUCCCAGCUCUGCCUCCGACUCUGGGCAAGUCCUGUCACUGCUUUGUGCCUGUUUCCCCAUCUGUCCUGGGGGUGAGAUGCUCGGGGAUCUGAGCCAAGUUAGCACUAAGUUCCUGCUGUGGGGACAGCAGCUUGGUGCUGUAGGAUGGGCCUCUGUGCACCUUUGAGCCCCCCUGGAUAAGACACAGUCGUGACAUGGCAUGAAAGAGAGCAAGGCUGUCCGUAGCUAGGAAGGGCUGGUGAAAGCCAGGCGGGCAGGUACUCCCCAGCCUGAAAGAGCACCCCCUUCCCUCUCCCCCCCACCAAAUCCCCUUGCAUGGUAGUCAAAUUCAUAGAAACCAAAUGAAAGUGCAAUACUUUUUCACUGCUUUACUACAAUGGAGAAUGCAGCUCAGUCACAGGCAGCAGUCGCGGGAACAGGAACGAGUGCAUCCGGCCUCAGCCCACUGGGUGGAAAUGUCCUUUUUAAAGACACAUUAAAUGGAGCGGUUGGGAAACCCUGCAGCAUGCACUUGCCUCCUGCUUUCUUGGUGCAUUGGGGGAGAUCUUGGCAGGGGAGGGGAUCCACCCUCCAACAGCAUUUUGGUCACCUGGGAGCUUCCCAAAAAGGCAGGCAGCUGCCUGGCUGCUGCUGAACUGGGAGCUCUGCUCUCGGAGCAGCUGGCUCAGGGGUGGCCGAAACAACGUGACUGUGCAACGGCCACUGUAGUUAUGAGCCACAGAGGCCAGAGCAAGGGCACCGGGGGCGGCACUUGGAAGAA